GCAGCCAGCAGAGCAGGGAGGCCAGGGAGAAUCCAGCUCCCAAGGAAGGAUUUCCCUGCUCUCUUUCCCAUCUCUUGGAAGAACAGGAGCUGAGUUUUCCCAAGGAGACAACCACCCAGCUCAGCUCUGACCAGCACCACCAUGGAGGUGGAAUGCCAACGGUGCCGGUGCCACGGGGAAGACAAACCCAGUGCCAUCCUCUACACCCUCCUCAGCCAGAACCUUCACCAAACCCCCAGCCCUGGGCACCAACGCUGCCUCUGUCCCCAGCCCCGCACCGUUUGCCUCCGCACCCCUCGCCUCACCUGCCAGGAAGCUUCCAGUGUCCUGGUGAAAACCCUCAGCUUCCUGCAAAACCUCCCCUCCUUCCAUCUGCUGCCCCGGGAGGAUCAGCUCCUGCUGCUGGGGAGCUGCUGGGUUCCCCUUUUCCUCCUGGGUUUGGUCCAGGAGAUGGUGACCUUCGAGGUGAUGGAGACCCCGGCUCCCAGCAUGCUGAAGAAAAUCCUCCUGGAUGGCCAAAGGAAAGGGCAGGAGCCUGAGAGGACACAGCCCACCCUGGCUGCUGUGCAGAGGCUGCAGUGCUGCCUCAACACCUUCUGGAGCCUGGACCUGAGCCCUAAGGAAUAUGCUUACCUGAGGGGAGCCAUCCUCUUCAAUCCCGACAUUCCCGGGCUCAGAGCUUCCCCUUACAUCCAGAGCCUGCAGAGAGAAGCCCAGCGAGCACUCCAGGAGGUGCUGCAGCCCCUUCACCCCGAGGCCCAGGCUCGUUUUGCUCGCAUUUUACUCAUCUCCUCCACCCUGCAAUCCAUCCCUCCUGCACUCAUCACCGACCUCUUCUUCCGACCCCUCAUCGGCAACACCGACAUCGUGGAGCUGAUGGCAGAGAUGUUGUACCAGAGGAGCUGUGGGCAGCUGGCUCCACGCUGAGCCACCCCCACCUCAGGGUGCUCCUCAGGGUGCUCCUCAGGGUGCUCCUCACCCCUCUGGCACCCGGGGAUGAAGCCAGAGAAGCUUUGUGGGAAGCUCCAUGUGGUGGCCGAGAGGAUGGGAGAGCACGAGGGGGAGAGGUGGCUCUGCUCCCACAUUUGGGACUUUCCUUCCCCCUCAGCUCCCUCCAGGCAGUCCCAGAGGAGGUGGAGGUAAAGGUUUGGACUGGUUUGGACUCGGGGAAUUUGUCCUCAGCUCCCAGAUGGAUCCCCUGGGGUUUGGGCACAUGGAAGGACAGCAGGAUGGGGCACCCAGCACAAGGGGAGGGCUGGGGGGUGGCUUGGUCUGUCUGCUGGGCUUGGAAUUUUUGGAAUUAUUGAUGAAGGAUCUUUCCUCAGGAGUGUGGAAUCAUCCUGGGGGGGCAGAUUUACCCCUCCUGCCUUUUCUUAGCUCAAAUCUUUUUCCCUGUAACACCCUGAAACUCUUCCCUGGACAACCCAAGAGCCCCCAAACCUCUCAAGUGUCACCUCAGGCCAUGGGCUGGUGGCAUUUGUGUGACAAGAAGUGACCCCCCUGAGCUGUGAGGGCAGAGGAGUGGAGGUGGUGGUGUGGGAGAACCAGAUGUCAUUCCCUGGCAUCAGGACAUGGUGGGGGUCUGGAAAUUCCCCUCUUCCUUUUCCUCCUCCUCCUCCUUUUCCUUUUCCUCCUCCU